AUGAGCUUCACCGGGCUUGCUCCGCCGCCGUUUUUCCUUCCGACGCCCGGCCGUCCCUCAUUGCCAUGGGAGCAGUGGGAGCAGAUGUUCAACGUGUACUUGCUGGCAUCCGGAGCCGCGGCAUUCAAGCCGGAGCAACGCAAGGCUAUUCUUUUGCAUUGUUUGGGGGCGGAGGGCCAGCGUAUUUAUCAGACGCUACAUGCAGGGACGAGCGCCGCAGCACCGGCCGCGCCAAGUGCCGCAGCACGCGCCGAUGACAAGUCUGCCGUGGCCCCUCCUGACGAAUACGACUCUGCACUCGCCGCAUUACGGCUACAGUUUUCGACGUCGCGCAACGUUAUCAUCGAGCGUCAUCGAUUUCACCGCCGCAGCCAACACACAGGCGAGUCCGUUCAUGACUUUGUUGCCGCUCUACGGGAGCUAGCGUCACAUUGCUCGUUUGCCUCGCAAGAUGAUGCUUUGCGGGACCAAUUCGUUGCCGGCAUAGCUUCCCCUCGCGUACGUGAGCGGUUACUGCUCGAGGGUUCCACACUUUCAUUCGAGAAUUCUGUUCGAAUUGCACUUCAAUUUGAGCAGGCGGCUGAAGAGCUAAAGGAGCUUUCUGCUUCGGUCGAAGCAAUUUCAUUGCGGCAGCGUCGAAAACCAUCAUCGCAUUCUUCGAAAAAAAGGAAUUCACGACCGGCAGCCACCGUAGAGCAGAAUUUAACGAGGAGCGCGAGCGGCUCACGUGCGCCGCAGCGGAACCGCCCCCCUCAGCGGUACCGAGAACAGAGUAGCCGCUCCGGCUCGCCACAUUGUUUCCGAUGCGGUUCGCGGGACCACAUCGCGUCAGCGCCACAGUGCCCAGCGUUCGUCGUUGUCUUCGCGGCCGGCGCAUCGGUGGUUGGCCUUCGGGUUAACCUUCCACCCUUGGACGGAAUUUGUGAUGCCGCCUCUGCUCCGGACCCACACCUGCUGGCAACAGCUCACGUGGACCUGACAUUCGUCGUUGUCUUCGCGGCCGGCGCAUCGGUGGUUGGCCUUCGGGUUAACCUUCCACCCUUGGACGGAAUUUGUGAUGCCGCCUCUGCUCCGGACCCACACCUGCUGGCAACAGCUCACGUGGACCUGACAUUCGUCGUUGUCUUCGCGGCCGGCGCAUCGGUGGUUGGCCUUCGGGUUAACCUUCCACCCUUGGACGGAAUUUGUGAUGCCGCCUCUGCUCCGGACCCACACCUGCUGGCAACAGCUCACGUGGACCUGACAGUGCGCAUCGGGCGCCACCUGCAAUUCCGCCA